GCCGUCACUUUGCAGAUUAGUGCCUGUGGAUAGUGUAACCACUGCGUGCUGGAAAGACGCUUCUUACAUGCAAUCGGGAUUAAAGCGAGGCAGAAAACAGAAAACAUUUAAUAAACUUAAAUAAACGGGACGACCAUUUUUAUGGUUCCACGGGAACGUAGAGACAAGAGUUGCAACACGCUUGUGAUGCAGCCACGACACAUCUCCCAAAUCCCACCACAUUUGUAGCUAAGAGGAUUGACAGCUACCAUGGGGAACCAGCGACUGGUGACCUGCUGUCUGUCUGUCCUGUGUUUCCUAAUCCUCAUCAGCGGUAACGUCCUCGUUUUCAUGAGUGCACAGCACCUUGCGCAGUGUGGCAGGAAGGAGCAUCCCAUGGUCCUCUUCAGAGAUUUGAGUCCAUGGGUAUCAAAUUUUAGCUUUCCAGGAGUCUCUGACUAUUCUCAGCUGGCUAUUGAUCUAAGCAGGAACCAACUGAUAAUUGGAGCCAGAAACUACCUCUUCCGUCUCACACUCAACAAUGUCUCUCUUAUACAGGCAAUGGAGUGGGGACCAGAGGAAGGUACCAAGAGGGCUUGUCAAAGCAAAGGGAAGACAGAGGAGGAAUGUCAGAAUUUUAUCCGAGUACUUCUCAUCAACGGAAAGAAAAUCUUUGCUUGUGGAACUAAUGCAUUUUCUCCAAGCUGCACCAAUCGACAGCUGGGAAACCUGAGCAAAAUCUUCGACAAGAUUAAUGGCGUGGCGAGGUGUCCCUAUGACCCCAAACACAAUUCCACUGCUGUGAUUACCUCACGAGGAGAGCUGUAUGCAGCCACUGUGAUAGACUUCUCAGGUCGAGACCCUGCAAUCUAUCGAAGUUUGGGAAACGGACCUCCACUUAGAACUGCACAGUACAACUCGAAAUGGCUCAAUGAACCUAACUUCAUCUCAGCCUAUGACAUUGGUCUCUUCAUCUACUUCUUCUUCCGGGAGAAUGCCGUGGAGCACGACUGUGGCAAAACCGUCUACUCUCGGGUUGGACGUGUGUGCAAGAGUGACAUUGGUGGCCAUUUUUUGCUGGAGGACACAUGGACAACCUUCAUGAAGGCCCGGUUGAACUGCUCCCGCUCGGGGGAGGUCCCCUUCUACUACAAUGAGCUGCAGAGCACAUUUUACCUUCCUGAGCAGGACCUCAUCUAUGGCAUCUUCACCACCAAUGUGAACAGCAUCGCAGCCUCAGCAGUCUGUGCCUACAACCUCAGCGCCAUCACACAAACCUUCAAUGGACCCUUCCGAUAUCAGGAGAACCCCCGGUCAGCUUGGUUGCCUGCUUCAAACCCCAUUCCCAACUUCCAGUGUGGCUCACUUGGUGACCAUGGGCCCAACGAGAACCUCACCGAACGCAGCCUCCAGGACGCUCAGCGUUUCUUCCUCAUGAACGAUGCAGUGCAGCCAGUUUCCAUUGACCCACUGGUAACGCAUGACAACAUGCGUUUCUCAAAGCUGGUAGUGGACAUCGUGCAAGGGAGGGACACACUCUACCACGUGAUGUACAUUGGCACAGAGCAUGGCACCAUUCUGAAAACCCUGUCAUCUGAGAACAAGAGUGUGGGCAGCUGCUACUUGGAAGAACUGCAGCUACUUCCACCUGGUCAACAAGAACCCAUCCGCAAUUUGCAGAUCCUGCACAGUGACCGGUCCCUGUUCGUGGGACUCAAUGGGCAGGUACUGAAGAUCCCACUGGAGCGAUGCUUCUCCUACAAAACUGAAGCGUCUUGUCUUGGGGCCAGAGAUCCUUACUGUGGCUGGGACCUGAGGCAGAAAAAAUGUACUACCAUCGAAGACAGCUCCAACAUGAGUCUAUGGAGCCAAAACAUCACUGACUGCCCGAUGAGAAACCUCACGGUGGAUGGUGAAUUUGGACCUUGGACUCCAUGGCAACUAUGUGAGCAUACGGACAAGGAGGCUACGGGGUCAUGCAUGUGCCGCUCAAGGUCAUGUGACAGCCCUGCUCCACAGUGCGGAGGGCAUGAGUGUGAAGGGUCCAGGACUGAAGUGGCAAAUUGUUCAAGGAAUGGAGGAUGGACUUCCUGGGCAUCCUGGGCUCCGUGUAGUACCACCUGCGGAAUUGGAUUCCAGGUACGACAGCGUUCCUGCAGCAAUCCCACGCCACGCUAUGGAGGAAGAGUGUGUGUCGGACAAAGCCGGGAAGAGCGGUUUUGCAAUGAGAACACUGCCUGUCCAUCGCCCAUCUUCUGGUCCAGUUGGGGCCCAUGGACCAAAUGCAGUGCUGACUGUGGUGGAGGGAUGCACCUGAGACAGAGGACCUGCCAAAAUGGGAACACCUGCCCAGGUUGUGCUGUGGAACACCGAGCCUGUAACGUAGACUCGUGUCCCGAGGUGCGCAGGAACACGCCCUGGACACCCUGGAUGCUGGUCAACAUCAGCCAGAAUGGAGCCCGUCAUGAGCAACGUUUCCGCUACACCUGCCGGGCGCCACUCUCGGACCCUCAUGAUCUCCAACUGGGGAAAAAGAGGGUGGACAGCCGGUUCUGCCCUGCAGAUGGGAGCUCAGCCUGCCCCACUGACUAUGUGAUUGAUGAUCUUUUGAAGUUUAGCCACCAAGCUCUCCGCAGGAUCAGUGGUGGAUGGUCAGCAUGGAUGCCCUGGUCAUCCUGUUCCCGAGCGUGUGAGACAGGAUUCCGCUCCAGGAAGAGGAGCUGCACCAACCCAGAGCCUGAGAAUGGGGGGCUGCCCUGCCUGGGGUCCCCCAUUGAGUAUGAGAACUGUAACCAGCAACUUUGUCCAGUUAAGGGAGCUUGGUCCUGCUGGUCACCUUGGUCCCUGUGCUCUGAAACAUGUGGAGGUGGACACUACCAGCGUACACGGACUUGUACGAGUCCAAUGCCAGCGAACGGUGGGGACAUCUGCAUUGGGCUACAUUCUGAGGAAGCUCUCUGCAACACUCAGGCUUGUGAAGGUGGCUGGUCAGUGUGGACAGAGUGGAGUCUGUGUGAUGAAGAAGGAAUACAGUCCCGCAGACGUCGAUGUGAGGUGUCCAAUUCAGGGCAAGGGCAGUGUGUGGGAAACAGCACCCAGUAUCGACCCUGUCUCUACAAUGAAAUCCCAGUGAUUCAGCCUGCAAUUGGAAGUGACACAAGCUGUGCAAGUUACAGUAUCUACCACCUGGUUGCCACCGGCAUCGCCUCCUUCAUGGGCACAAGCCUCAUUACCCUGCUGAUCUACAUGUACUACCAGCGAUGCUACAGACAAUCUCAGGAGUCCACAGUAGUUCAUCCGAGCACUCCCAACCACUUAAACUACAAGAGCAGCAGUCAGGCGAACAAAAAUGAGCUGUACAAUCCAAUGGAAAUCAAGACUCUGAACAAGAACAAUUUGAUUCCUGAUGACAGAAGCAACUAUUUAUCCUCAUUACAGCAGACGAAUGUGUACACCACUACAUAUUAUCCCAGCACCCUGAAUAAGUAUGACUACAGGCCCGACUCAUCACCUAGCAGAACCUACACCUAAAUCCCACAGUGCCAGUGCUUGGAGAUGAAUCAAAAUGGACCCCUGCGAGCAAAUCGUGAUUAUAGAAAUGCUAGUAGGCAUCAUAGUAUCAGCCAAUCACAGUUCAAUUUUGUCUUGAGAUCAUCCAUUAAAGAUUUGCACUUCUUCAAGAUCCACACUUCCAACCAUCAAGACUUCUUUAUGACUUGUGAGAAAUCAGGACUUAAUAAGCAAUGGAUUAUAUAUAUAUAUAGACUCGUGGAUGAAGAGGUAUAAUUCGUUUCUGACGGGAAAGGACUGAACAAAGCCGAGAAAGUGAUCGCCACAAUGGCCGAACAGUUCAAAUGUUAUCACGGCAACCGGUCAUCUCUAUGAAGCUGUAGAUUUGCUGAGGAUUUCCUCAUUGAGAUUAAUUGUUACUUUGAGAAUUUGACUGUCGAACCAGGAAAUACUCCUUCAAAAAUAAGAGGGGAAAAUUACAUUAUUUUUGUUAUUAAUCAAAAAGGUUUUUUUCUCUCUCUCUACCCCUUCAGUAUUUCCUUUCAGUUGGAUGUCCUGUGAAGCCUAAUAGUAGCAAAGCAUAGUCUUACAUAGUAUUUACAGUAUAGAAAUGGGCCCUGGAGCCCGACAGAUCCAAGCCAGUGUUUAUCUUAUCAGUGUUUCCUCACAUUUCAUUCCACCAGAUGUAGGACCAUCAGAAUAUUCCCUGUUUUUUAACUGACCUGUUGCUUGUAAUGUGUCCCCUGUCCAUGCAUUCCUCCCUUUUCUCACUGUGAGCAUGGUUUCUUUUAGCCGGGAAGUCAGUUGAUUGAUAACCAACUGUACAUCAUUGUGAACUUGUUGGAUUUGGCACUUGGGAAAAUGAAGGAGAAGGAUAAAGUCAACAUUUGUUUCUUUAACCAGGGACUUCCAGCAAAUCAAUUUAUAACAUUGGAAAUUAAUGGUGAAAUAUUUAAAGCAACUGUAUUUUUUCUGUUUUCAAUUGAUGAGAUCAAACACGCUUUUUAUAAAGAGAUUAAAUCCUGUUCUUUGUUUAUUGGAGGGGAGAUGGAAAAAUGCAAAAGAGUUGAAGGUCAUUCAGUCCAACAUGGUUGUGCCAGCUUAUUUAAGAGUCUAUCAGAUUUCCUGGAUUCUGUACAAAACACUGAUAAUUUAACCUUGUAGCAAAAGAAAAACUGCUUGAGGAACAAAACAGGUCAACUAAUCCAGAGCAAUGUCUUGUGUGUUGUUCCACAUUGCAGUAUCUACAGUCUCUUGUGUCUCCAAAAUACUUAAGGAACUCAACAAGUCAGCAAAUGAGAUUAGUUUUGUUUACUGAAAGGUCCGAAGAUAGAUAAGUCACCUAGAUCAGAUGGUAUGCACCCCAGGGCUCUAAGAAGAUGGAUGAAGAGAUUGUGGAGGCAUUAGUAAUGAUCUUUGAAGAAUCAAUUAAUUCUGGCAUGGUUCUGGAGGACUGGAAAUUGCAAAUAUUACUCCACUCUUCAAGAAGGGAGAGAGGCAGAAGAAAGGAAAUUAUAGGCCAGUUAGUCUGACCUCAGUGGUUGGGAAGAUGUUGAAAUUGAUUGUUAAGGAUGUUGUUUCAGGCUACUUGGAGGCACAUGAUAAAAUAGGUCGUAGUCAGCAUAGUUUCCUUAAGGGAAAAUUUUGCUUGAUAAAUCCAUUGGAUUCUUUUGAAGAAAUAUAAAGCAGGAUAGACAAAGGUGAAUCAGUGGAUGCAAUGUACUUGGAUUUUCAGAAGGCCUUUGACAAAGUGCCAUAAUUGAAGCAGUUGAACAAGUUAAGAGCCCAUGGCUUUACAGGAAAGAUACUAACAUAGAUUAAGCAGUGGCUGAUUGGCAGGAGGCAAGGAGUGGAAAUAAAGAGAGCCUUUACUGUUUGGCUGCUGGUGACUAGUGGUGUUUCACAGGGGGCUAUGUUGGGACCGAUUCUUUUUACAUUAUAUGUCAAUAUAUGGAUGAUGGAAUUGAUGGCUUUGUAGCCAAGUUUGUGGAUGAUACAAAAAGAAGUGGAGGGGCAGGUAGUUUUGAGGAAGGAGAGAGACCACAGACAGAUAGAUAGACAUACUUUAUUGAUCCCGAGGGAAAUUGGGUUUCGUUACAGUUGCACCAACCAAGGAUAGAGUAGAAAUAUAGCAAAUAAAACCAGAAAUAAUUAGAUAAUAAUAAGUAAAUUAUGCCAAGUGGAAAUAAGUCCAGGACCAGCCUAUUGGCUCAGGGUGUCUGACACUCCGAGGGAGGAGUUGUAAAGUUUGAUGGCCACAGGCAGGAAUGACUUCCUAUGAUGCUCAGUGUUGCAUCUCGGUGGAAUGAGUCUCUGGCUGAAUGUACUCCUGUGCCUAACCAGUACAUUAUGGAGUGGAUGGGAGUCAUUGUCCAAGAUGGCAUGCAACUUGGACAGCAUCCUCUUUUCAGACACCACCGUCAGAGAGUUCAGUUCCACCUCCACAACAUCACUGGCCUUGUGAAUGAGUUUGUUGAUUCUGUUGGUGUCUGCUACCCUCAGCCUGCUGCCCCAGCACACAACAGCAAACAUGAUAGCACUGGCCACCACAGACUCAUAGAACAUCCUCAGCAUCAUCCGCCAGAUGUCAAAAGUCUCCUCAGGAAAUAGAGACGGCUCUGACCCUUCUUGUAGACAGCCUCAGUGUUCUUUGACCAGUCCAGUUUAUUGUCCAUUCAUAUCCCCAGGUAAUUGUAAUCCUCCACUAUGUCCACACUGACCCUUUGGAUAGAAACAGGGAUCAUCAGUGCCUUGGCCCUCCUCAGGUCCACCACCAGCUCCUUGGUCUUUUUCACAUUAAGCUGCAGAAGAUUCUGCUCACACCAUAUGACAAAGUUUCCCACCGUAGCCCUGUACUCAGCCUCAUCUCCCUUGCUGAUGCAUCCAACUAUGGCAGAGUCAUCAGAGAACUUCUGAAGAUGGCAAGACUCUGUGCAGUAGUUGAAGUCUGAAGUGUAGAUGGUGAAGAGACCACACAGAAGGACUUAGCCAGAUUAGGAGAAUGGGCAAAGAAGUAGCAGCAUCAGGAAGUGUAUAAUCAUGCACAUUGGCAGAAGAAAUAAAGGUGUUGACAAUUUUCUAAUUGGAGAGAAAAUUCAAAAAUCUGAGGUGCAAGGAGUCUUGGGAGUCCUUGGGUAAAAUUCCCUAAAGAUUAACUUGCAGGUUGAGUUGGUAGUGGGGAAGGCAGAUGUGAUGUUAGCAUUCCUUUCAAGAGACUAGAAUAGUGGUCACCAACCUUUUUAAACCCAAGAUCCCCUACCUUGGCCUUAGUGAAAGGCAAGAUCGACCCUACUAAAUCGAUUAGUUACACACAUGCACACCGGGCAGAAAAGACUGGAAGUAAAACCCCACAACCCAGAAGAAAUAAUGUAUGUACACCAGGGGUCACCACCCUUUUUUGCACCGCGGACUGGUUUAAUAUUGACAAUAUUCUUGAGGACCGGCCGAUAGGGGGGUGGGUGUUGAACACGACCGGAAUACAGCGAUACUCGAAGCAGGUUCCUUAUGUCCAGUCUAUUCUGCAAUUUAGUUUUCGUGGCUCUCAGCACUUAGCUUCUGUCCCUCUUGCUCACGUUUUUUCCGCUGAAAAAACUCAACGUGUUUGUCUCUAAGUGCAAUGUGCUUGGACUCAGAGUACCGAAGCAGGUUUGAAGGCUUCAUUGCCUCACUAGACAGCCUCCGGGCCCAAACUCCAGCCUCCCGCCCACCCACUGCCAGACGCCUUGGCCAGAUGCGGCUGGUCAUGGGUGGGGUGAGAGGACAAGGUCAGGGUCGGAGGUCCCCGUGCUGGGGCCACGGCGGUCGCAGUUCGGAGAGAGAGAGCAACUGAGCGAGCGAGGAGUGCGACAGGACGCACAUCUGCCCCCCCCCCCCCCCCGUAGGAUCUAUCGGCCGACAAAAGUUUUUUCAGUAUAUCACAGUGAGGUAGCUGCUCUGUUACUUACGAAACCCUGAGCCCGAAUUAGGUCGUCUACGAAUAUUUUAUCACCGGGUUCCCCACGAACAUUCGGUGUGGUGAACAGGUUUAAAGGCGGCACCCAUCUGUGCGCGCUCCAGUCGGCCAGUUACCCGCGGCCAACCAGUGAUCUCUGGUGUGAGGGUGUCACUGUGUUUAGGCGACUGAUGACCUUGCGUGCAUUCAAGUUCAACAAAUCAUAUCGUUUCCUCGCGGUCUGGUGGUUGGGGACCACUGAAGUACACUGUGUAGUGCAGGGGGGGGGGGGGGGGAGCUACACGCAUGCGCACUGGGCAGAAAGAACGGAACUAAAAUCCCGCAGCCCAGAAACAAUCUCUCAACAGUAUUUGUGUAUUUAUUUUUCAUUUUUUUUCGGGAUCUACUGGGAAAGUCUCAAAGAUCCACGAGUUGAUUGCAAUCGACGGGUUGGUGACCACUAGACUAGAACAUAAAAGCAAGGUUGGAAUGUUGAGGCUUUAUAAAACACUGUUGAGGCCUCACUUGGAGUAUUGUGAGCAAUUUUAAGUCCCUUAUCUGAGAAAAGAUGUGCUGUAACUUGGCAGGGUUCAAAGGAGAUUCUAGGAUAAAAAGGUUAGACAUAUGACGAGAGUUUGAUAUCUCUGGGCCUGUAUUCACUGAAAUUCAGAAGAAUAAGGUCUGAUCUCAUCGAAACCUAUCGAAUAGUGAAAGACCUUGAUAAAGUGGAUGUGGAGAGCAUGUUUUCUAUGAUGGGGAAGUCUAAGAUCAAAGGACACAGCCUCAAAUUAGAGAGGCGUUCUUAUAGAAUGGAGAUGAGGAGGAAUUUCUUUAGCCAGAGAGUGGCAAAUCUGUGGCAUUUGUUACCACAGGCAACUGUAGAGGCCAAGUCAUUGAUUCUUGAUUAGUCAAGACAUGAAAGGAUAUGGGGAGAAGGCAGAAGAAUGGGACUGAGAGGAAAAUUGGAUCAGCCAUGAUGAAAUAGUGGAGCAGCCACUAUUGCUCCUAUAUAUAUAUAUAUGGUCAGCCAUAAGAUAUCUUAUGGUAUAAGGAGUCAUAAGGAUCAUACCAUAAGGAUCUUAUGGUAUAAGGUAUAGGCUGCUCCUAUAUACUAUAUCUAAUGGUAUAUAGGAGCAGCCACUCUUGCUCCUAUAUCUUAUGGUCAGGCGGCAACUGUGUAGAGAAAUGGACAGUUGAAAUUUCUGUCUAGAUGAAGACUCUCAACCAAAAACAUCAACUUUUUCCUCCACAGAUGUUGCCAGACCUGAUGAUUUCCUCUAGCAUUCUGGAAUCUGGAAUAAUAAACAAAAUGUUGGAGGAACUCAGCAGAUAAGGCUGCAUCCAUGGAGAUAAAAAUAAAGUUGACAUUUUGGGUCUUGAUUUCAGUCUGGCUGAAGGGUCUUGACUCUUCAUUUUCUUCCAUUGGUGCUGCCUGACCUGCUGAGUUCCUCCAGCAAUUUGGUGAUCCAUUCUGGUUCGUGCUGUGCUCGUUGAUUCAGGUACUGAAUGGUUGAAGGACAGUACAGUAGCUGUCCUUGAACCUGGUGAUGUGGAACUUCAGCUUUCUGUACCUCCUGACUAAUGGUAACUGUGUGAAGAUGUCACCUCCCUGAUGCCAUUACAUAUGUGUGAUUUGAGAUGUUUUUCUUUCACAGUAUCGUAUAACACAUAAUUCGGCACUUCGAUGCAUCAUAUCUUUGGCAUCAUUAGCUAUUAAUCCACAUCACCAUCACUUUGUCCAUAGCUUUCUAUCUCCUGUUGAUUCAAAUGCUUUUGCAGGUACUUCUUAAAUAUAGUGAGAACUCACUGAUAUGGAGGUCAAUGGCACAGCCUGUCUUUUUUUUGUCUUUAUUAAAUCCCUUUAAUCAAGAGGUAAGUAAAAGUCAAUCGUAUUGACGGGUCCCAGGUUACUUACAGUACAACAAGACAAGGUAAGGACAGCAGAUAGAAAUAAGCUUGAAAGAGCGCAGAGAAAAUUUCCAAGGAUGCUGUCAGGUUUUGAGGACCUUAUGCUUACUAGGUUAUGACUUUUCUCCCUGGAGUGCAGGAGAAUGAGGGGUGAUCCUACAGAGGUAUAGCAAAUUACCAGUAUAUAAAAUUAUAGGGUGAAUGCAGGCUUUUUCUGCUCAGGAUGGCGUAGACCAGAACUAGAUGUGGGUAAAAGGAGAAAUAUUAAAGGGAAAUAUUUAAGCACUUGGAAUACGCUGUUCAGUUCUAGUCACCUCACUACAGGAAGGAAGUGGAUAAUAUAGAGAGAGUGCAGAGGAGAUUUACAAGGAUGUUGACUGGAUUGGGGAGCAUUCCUUAUGAGAAUAGGUUGAUUGAACUUGGCCUUUUCUCUUUGGAGUGACGGAGGACGAGAGGUGACCUGAUAGAGGUGUACAAGAUGAUGAGACGCAUUGAUCGUGUGGAUAGCUAGAGGCUUUCUCCCAGGGCUGAAAUGGCUAACAUGAGGGGGCAUAGUUUUAAGGUGCUUGGAAAUAGCUACUGAGGGGGUGUCGGGUAAGUUUUCCACACAGAGAGUGGUGGAUGCAUGGAAUGCAUUGCCAAUGAUGAUCGUAAAGGCAGAUACAAUAGGGUCUUUUAAGAGACACUUAGAUAGGUACAUGGAGCUUAGAAAAAUAGAGGUAGGGAAGUUCUAGGCAGUUUCUGGAGUAGGUUAAAUGGUUGUCCUGGCACAACAUUGUGGGCUGAAGGGCCUGUAAUGUGCCGAGAUUUCUAUGAAAUCUGAGGGGGUUCACUCAGAGUGGUGUGUGUGUUCCCUCAAAACUAAUCAAUAAGUGCCAAGACCAUGGCCUCAGUACCUACUUGUGCAACUGGAUCUUCAAUUUUCUCACCUGCAGAGCCCCAGUCAGUUCAGAUUUACAACAUCUCUUCACAAUCACCAUCAGCAUACAUGCACCACAAGCCUGUGUGCUUAGUCCCCUGCUUCCACCUGUGAGGCAAAGCACAGCUCCAACACCAUCUUUAAGCUUGCUGAUGACACCACUGUUACUGGCCAAAUCAAAGGUGGUGAUAAAUCAACAUAAAGGUGGAAGAUUGAAAAUCUGACCGGAUGGUUCCACAAUAACAACUUUUCACACAAUGUCAGCAAAUCCAAAGAGCUGAUUUUUGACUAAAGAAAGAGGAAACAGGAAGUCCAGGAGCUAGUCCACAUCAGGGCAUUUGAGGUUUUUCAUUAAUUCUAUUGUGUUUCUUUGUAUUUACUGUAAAUGCCUGCAAGAAAAUGAACCUCAGGGUAGUAUAUGGUGACAUAUAUGUACUUUGAUAAUAAAUUUAUUUUGAACUGUG